AUGAAACUUCUUUCCGCAACUCCUGGAAAAAUUGUUUGUGAAAUGAAAGUAGAGGAGGAGCAUACAAACAGAGGUGGCACAUUACAUGGAGGUUUGACAGCCACGCUUGUGGAUGUGGUGUCAACAACAGCAUUGCUGUACACAGAAAGAGGAGUGCCUGGGGUCAGCGUGGACAUGAAUAUCACAUACACUUCUGCUGCUAAGAUUGGAGAAGAGAUACUGAUUACAGCUCAGAUUUUGAAGCAAGGAAGAAAUAUUGCAUUUGCCAGCGUGGAUUUAACAAAUAAGGCGACAGGAAAGUUAAUUGCACAAGGUAGACAUACAAAGUAUCUAGGAAAUUAAUAUAAGUAAUUUAAAAAAUAAUGUUGGGUUUAAGAAUGCCAUAUGGAAUCAUUUUCUCAUUUAUGCAAUGAGACAUUAUCUGCACAAAGUUGUGAUAGUCUAUAUGAAGUGAUUUACUCUCACUUCCAUAAUAAACGAACAAAUUUCUUAAUUACCACCAGAAUUGCUACAAGCUU